AUGUUUAACAAAUUCUUACAGAUUUAUACAAAAGAAGAGAAAUUACCAUCAUUUUCAAAUGAUCCAUAUGGUAGAUCUAUUUUGACUGAACUUUCAUUUGAUUCACAUUUAUUUAAACUAAGGGAUUCAAACAAUUUCAUUGAAUCAAGUUCAAAUGAAAUACAUGAUAAAAAUGGUAAUAUAAUUAGAAAAAUUAAUGGUCGUUGGGAGGAGCCUAAUGAAUUUAAUAUUGAUAAUAAUAAUAUUAUUCAUAAUAAUCAGAAAUCACAAAAUAUUCAAUAUGCAUUCAUUGCAACACUUAGUACAUUAUUACCAAUUAUCAUUGUUUUAAUUAUAAUCAUAUCUAUCCUUAUAUUCUAUCAUAUACGUCAACAAAGUAGAUUUACAUCACAACGUCGUAAUUAA